AUGUAUACUCUUCGCACCAGUCUUGUUGUUCUCACCACCGCGCUACCCCUGGCGCAAGCUGUCCUGGUCAAUCAAAACUCACCUUGUUUGACAAAGUGCGGCAAUGUGCUCGAGUCUACCUCUCAGUCUGAUAUAGCAUGCGGUGAUAAAAGCUUCGGCGCUGGCGACAGCCAAAUCUUCAAGGGGUGUGUUCAGUGCGAGGUCAACAGCCAUUACGUCGGCCCCAACAACGAGACUGAUGUCACUGCAGCACUAUACAACAUGCGAUAUGCUCUCUCAUCAUGCCUCUUUGGUGUCCCUGGCAAAGAUCAUAUGCUCCAUAGCAACCCUUGCGUUACCAGCAAGGCCUGCGCAAACUUCAUGAAUGCGACCAUCUUUAAUGAUGUCUCUGCCAAGGAUCGUGGCUACGAAUACUGCGAUUUGUGGCCUUCUGACAAUGACAUCGAUUUUCGCGGCUGCAGAGACUGCCUGGCGGCUGAACAUCGCAUCCUGUCUAAUUUCGAUCCUGCCUGGUUCGAUAACGGCCCCCUUAACCUCAACGCGAAGGUGGGCAUUGCUGUCGGCGCUUUUGUACUACUUUUGAUUAUUUCGGGCAUGUUCAUCGUCUGGAAUGGAAAGAGAAGACGCAGAGCAUACCUACGCAAAUUGGAAGCAAUCUAUACGGCAAAUAAGGGUUGGCCGGCGCCCCAGAGUCCUGGCGGCGGCAUGUUUGAGCCGCCGACUAGCCAGCGUGCCCCGAAUAGUGGCUGGGGCGACUCACCCAUGACUGAGCCGGCCGAAAAGCCGCUUCCACGCUACGUCUCACCAUACUCGUCACAGUACAACAGUCCGACAAGCGCUACCAAGGGGACCUCUAUGCCCUGGCCCAACGCUGCGCUGGCGCGAGACCAUAACAUUGGGGUGGCACAAGGAGGUGAUAGAAACGGCGACUCUUGGGAGGAAAGCAAACCAAAAGGCGUCGCGGAAUCGUACGAAUUGAACGACGUCGCAAACAGUGCCGGUGGCCCAUCCGAGACUCGACAUUUCAUGGGCAAGGAAGUUGUGGCCACCAAAAAGGCCGAGGAGGACUACUCCAUCAAGCCCCAGGCGAGCACACCGGCGCUCGACACCAGCAACUGGCCUCUGCUGCUCAAGAAUUACGACAAGCUUCUUGUUCGCACUGGCCACUUCACCCCGAUCCCCAAUGGCUGCUCGCCUUUGAAGCGUGACAUCAAGUCCUACAUUAGCUCUGGUGUCAUCAACCUGGACAAGCCUUCCAACCCUUCCUCGCACGAAGUCGUCGCUUGGGUCAAGCGUAUUCUGCGAUGCGAAAAGACUGGUCACAGCGGUACCCUCGACCCCAAGGUCACGGGCUGCCUGAUUGUCUGCGUGGACCGCGCCACCCGUCUGGUCAAGUCCCAGCAGGGCGCCGGUAAGGAGUACGUUGCCGUUGUCCGCCUGCACGACAAGCUGCCGGGCGGCCAGGCUCAAUUCGCCCGCGCCCUCGAGACGCUCACUGGCGCUCUCUUCCAGCGCCCACCCCUGAUUUCCGCCGUCAAGCGCCAGCUGCGUAUCCGAACCAUUCACGAGAGCAAGCUCAUCGAGUUCGACAACGACCGUCACCUCGGCGUCUUUUGGGUCAGCUGCGAGGCCGGCACCUACAUCCGUACCCUCUGCGUGCACUUGGGUCUUCUCCUCGGCGUCGGUGGCCACAUGCAGGAGCUGCGCCGUGUCCGCUCCGGAGCCAUGGACGAGAGCAAGCAGCUCGUGACCCUCCACGACGUGCUUGACGCGCAGUGGACCCACGACAACACGCGCGACGAGUCGUAUCUCCGCAAGGUCAUUUCUCCCCUCGAGACCCUCCUGACCUCGUACAAGCGCCUGGUUGUCAAGGACAGCGCCGUCAAUGCCGUGUGCUACGGUGCCAAGCUGAUGCUUCCCGGUCUUCUCCGCUACGAAUCGGGCAUCGAGCACCACGAGGAGAUUGUGCUGAUGACGACCAAGGGUGAGGCCAUUGCCCUCGCGUACGCGCAAAUGUCGACUGUUGAGAUGUCCACAUGUGACCACGGUGUGGUGGCCAAGGUUAAGCGCUGCAUCAUGGAGCGCGACUUGUACCCCCGCCGCUGGGGUCUCGGUCCCGUCGCCCAGGAGAAGAAGAAGCUCAAGGCCGACGGCAAGCUGGACAAGUUUGGCCGCGCCAACGACGCGACCCCCGCCAAGUGGACGUCCGAGUACAAGGAUUUCAGCGCUCCUGACGCUGCGGCGGCUGCGGCUGCGGCGGCGACGCCCGCUGCUGCCGUCGUUGCCACGCCUCAAAAGGCUGACAAGAUGGACAUUGCGGAGACGCCAGCCGGCGAGGACGCGGGCGAGAAGAAGAAGCGCAAGAAGCACGAGGGCGAGACGGCUGAGGAGAAGGCGGAUCGCAAGCGCAGAAAGGCGGAGAAGAAGGCGGCCAAGGCUGCCAAGAAGGCCAAGGAUGAGUCUGACGAUGACAGCGAUUGA